CACCUGCAGGGGAGUCUCUUCACAGGUGGUGAAGCAGGUCUGCAGGUGUCUAUCUUUCUCUCCCCCUCUCUGUCUGCCCCUCCUCUCUCCAUUUCUCUCUGUCCUAUCCAACAACGAACAACAUCAUCAACAACAAUAAUAACCACAGCAAGGCUACAACAACAAGGGCAACAAAAGGGGGGGAUCCAGGAGCAGUGGAUUCAUGGUGCAGGCACUGAGCCCCAGCAGUAACCCUGGAAGCCAAAAAAUAAAAAUAAAAAAUAAAAAAAUCGGACCUAGUUUGUGGCGCCAUGGCCAAGCACACCAAGAAGGUGGGCAUUGUGGGUAAAUACAGGACUCACUAUAGCACCUCCCACUGGAGGAUGGUGAAGAAGAUUGAGAUCAACCAGUACACCAAGUCCACCUGCUCGUUCUGUGGCAAAUCCAAGAUGAAGAGACGAGCUGUGGAUAUCUGGCACUGUGGUUUCUGUAUGAAAACCAGGACCCAUAACACCACUUCUGCCAUCACAGUAAAGUCUGCCAUCAAAAGACUGAAGGGCUUGAAAGACCAGUAA